AUGAGCGAAUACGAAAGCAAAAAUGAAGCAAGCAUUGGAGGGCUCGAAGAGGUCGAUUUAUCUGAUGACGAUUCAGACGACAAUUUCAACCUUUUGUUUGGUGUUUUGGUGGCUGAUAUGACCAGAUAUGGCUUAUGGGGUAACAUUCCUUUUAAUGUACAAUCCUGGACAAAACAUCUGCGACAAAAAAGGCCACAUAGAAAUAUUUUAAUAGAGUGUCGCAGCACAGUUUAUAGAAAUGAGAUGUUUGGGCUAGCAGGCAAACUUCAAAGGGGACGGCAAAUUAUGUUGGGGAUCAGAGGAUAAGAAAAGACUCAUGAAGCUGUGCGCUGCUUGUGUUUUCAUAUGGUUUUCUAUUACGAAGAAUGAAGUAUUUGGAUAAAAUAUCAAAUUUCGCUUUGUUUGAGAAGGGCCAUUCAAUAGGUUUGCGAUCCUCAUUGCCUGGCAAGUUUGUCCAGAAGCAAACAGUCUUUUACGAAGCAAAAUGAGCGAAUACGAAAGCAAAAAUGAAGCAAGCAUUGGAGGGCUCGAAGAGGUCGAUUUAUCUGAUGACGAUUCAGACGACAAUUUCAACCUUUUGUUUGGUGUUUUGGUGGCUGAUAUGACCAGAUAUGGCUUAUGGGGUAACAUUCCUUUUAAUGUACAAUCCUGGACAAAACAUCUGCGACAAAAAAGGCCACAUAGAAAUAUUUUAAUAGAGUGUCGCAGCACAGUUUAUAGAAAUGAGAUGUUUGGGCUAGCAGGCAAACUUCAAAGGGGACGGCAAAUUAUGUUGGGGAUCAGAGGAUAAGAAAAGGCUCGUGAAGCGGUGCGCUGCUUGUGUUUUCAUAUGGUUUUCUAUUACGAAGAAUGAAGUAUUUGGAUAAAAUAUCAUAUUUUGCUUUGUUUGAGAAGGGCCAUUCAAUAGGUUUGUGAUCCUCAUUGCCUGGCAAGUUUGUCGAGAAGUCUUUUACAGUCUUUUACGAAGCAAAAUGAGCGAAUACGAAAGCAAAAAUGAAGCAAGCAUUGGAGGGCUCGAAGAGGUCGAUUUAUCUGAUGACGAUUCAGAUACAACAACAACGACAACAAGAUGA